CUCUUUCUCUCUUUCAUUCUUUUUCUUCUUUCUCUCUUCCCUUUCCUUUCCUGUACUCAAUUCAAUUCAAUUCAUUCCAGUUCAAAUCUGAUUGACAACCCAAUACUUCAUCUCAAUCCAUCCUCAUCUCCAUCCUCAUCUCCAUCUUCAUUCUCAUCCCUACAUCUCUUCUAAGCUCAGCAUAUAAGCAAUUGUUAUCCAUAUCCAUAUCCAUAUUCAUAUCCAUAUCCAUAUCCAUAUCCCAAUCUCUUUCUUAUUAGCUUUUUAUUCCUUUUUCCCAUCAAACGUUACUUGUACACAAAUAUCAUUAGUACAUCUCCCCUUCCGUCUCUUCACUUUAUCUUUUACUUCUCUUUUCAUCCCAUGUCUGCCCCAACAGCCCCUACGCGGACAAGGACGCCAUCCAUCUCUGCCACCACUGUUAUCCUUCAUGCAGACGCUCACCCCCACCCCCAUACGCACGCCCAUGCACAGUUUCAAUUAAAUCAAUAUCAACAUCAACAACAAGAGCCGGCGCAAGAGAGCAAUGUCACUUUUCCAUUUCAUCAAAUGCACCCUUGGUCCACAAAACGUGCCAUGAUUGCUGCUGAAUCCGAAAUCUCUCCACCUGUCUCACCCAAACAGCAGGCUGUUCUCGUCGGUUCAGACAUGGGUACAGGUGCGAUCGAAAACGAUACAAGCAAAUCAACUCUACCUCCAGUUGGAUGGAACACCACCAUCAGUCAUAGAUAUGAGCACGAGCAAAGCAACAGUGAUGCUGGCGAUGGCGAUGACGGUGAUGAUGAGGAUAGCCAUCAUGACACUCUGAGUGAAAAUAGCAAUGACCACGAUAGCGAUGAUACUCUCUCUUCACCCCCUUAUGCACAUAGCCACUUUUAUCCAUACUCUUCUUAUACCCACCAGCGGCACCACCAUCAUUCACUUCAAGGCUCACCAACAAGUGCUAAUCAUUCUAUGAGACUUGAGCCCGUAUCGGCUGGCUUGCUACUCUCCCGUUUAGACUAUUCCUCUUCCACAGCAUCAUCCAGCUCCGUUUCAGUCGCAUCCUCUGCAUCAUCUUCCUCAACCUCUCUCUCCUCCGUAUCAUCAUCCAAAUCAGCCCGCAAUGUCCUCUCGUCAUCAACAGUAGCAUCAGCACCAUCUUCAUCAUCAUCAUCAUCAUCAUCAUCAUCGCUUGGAAGGUUAGAGAUUGAAAGGACCUCGGAGUUACUUCUCUUUAACAGCCCACCCAGCAGUCAUGCGUCCUCUCCUUCAUCACCUUCCUAUCCAGCCUUAAAAGGAGGAUUUGGAUUCCCUUCUCAUCCCACAACGACGAAGAUGACAACGACAACGACAGCAACAACAACGACGACGACAAGUUCAUUACAUGUUAUGGAUCCAAAAGAAACAGCCACAACAACUUCAAAGAGAGCUCCUUGGCAUUGUACCAAGAAAUCGAUUCCACAAAUCAUUCGUGAGAUUUCAGAGGCGUUGGAUGGACGGGACAAGAUGAUAAAGGUAGUUCAGUACUUUGCCAAGGUCUUUCUCUGGCUCUUCUUGUCGAACCCAGUUCAAUACAAGGUCCUUGCCACACGUAUCAAGGCUCUUGCGAAACAAUUUUCAACGACGCGUAAAGUAUUUCGGUUAGGUCACUUUGUGGACCCAUUGGCGUCGGUGUUGAUGUUGGCAGUAACAUUGAAGACCAAUGUGUCGAAGCAUGGUCUGAGACGGACUGUGAUGACCAAGCCCGCGACCCAAACCUGGAGAAACAGUGUCCGGGAUCGAUUGGGUAGUCUGAACACUGUGCUUGGGUUCGUUCAAGAUAUCUCGGAUGACAUUUACUGUUUAGGAGCCAUCGGAGUCCUUGACAGGGACUUUACAGACAAAGCAGAACCAUGGUCGAAUCGAUUGUGGAUGAUGGGAGUAUCGAUUGAUUUGCACGAGAAUCUGCAGAGUAUCCGAGAUGUGAAGGAGCAGAUCAAGGCUCUUGAGAGCAAGAUCCACAGUAGUGAUAAGGAGGAGGAGGAGGAAGAGAGGGCAAAGGCUGUAGCACAGCACUUGAAGUUGAGGACUAAACUGCACUGGUUGCAGGUUACCACUGUCAAACUUGGGGGUGACUUUUUGUUCUGUGCAUAUGAUAACCUUCACUGCUCCUUCUCCGAUGGAUUCCAGGCAGUGACAGGUCUUAUCUCCGGCAUUGCUGGUGCUUACAAAUUUGUAGGCAAGGUCAUGGAGUCAUAAAAAAAAAAAAGUUAUCUCUAGUUCUGUUUCUCUUUAUCUCCUUUCCCUUUUUGAUUCUCCUCAACCUCUUUCUCCGACCAAAAGAUGAUAGAUAGAUCGGUAUAACUUACUCCUAUCACAUCUUUCCUUUUAUCCACACACCCAUUCAUUGUUCAAAAAAAAAAAAAGGUAUCGUCGUUAUACUUUUUUUUCGAAGCAGGUUUUGCUUAUCUCUUUUUUUCACAAAUACAAAAC